UGCCCUCUGUCGGCUGGAGGACUCCGCGCCUCAUAACGGGAAUCCUUCAGAGGACGGCAGCGCCGAGGCCUUCAGUCUGUCUACAAGCUUAAAGAAGCAAACUAAAGACCUGCAUCUCGUUCAGAACCAAACAAAACCGAUCUUCUCCACGCCCAGAGUGGAAGUAUGAGUGGCACCGUCUGUGUUUUCCUGGGGAGCCUAAUGCUCUUGGCUGCAGCUCAGGAUCCCGUCCAGGACCUGAGUAACAGGAAUGCAGACUUUGCUGCCCGGCUGUAUCGGGUGGUCUCCAGUCGCACCGAUGAAAACAUCUUCCUCUCUCCGUUCACCUUGUCUAUGGGCCUCUCUGCCCUGAUGAACGGCGCUGAUGGAUCCACUCGCCAGCAGCUCCUCCGGGGUCUCAAUUUGGCAUCUCUGGACCCCCAGCAGAUCCCAGAUCUCUUCCUCAGUCUAAAGAACUCCAUCACUGGGGGAGGGGCCUUCCCUCUGAGGCAGGGCAUCGCUGUUCUUCCUGCUCAGAGGUUCACGGUCACCUCAGCCUAUUUGGAUCUGGUCCAGAACAAGUAUGGGGGAAACAGCCAGAGUUUGUCCUACAAUAGUCCACAGGAGGUCCAGAGCACCAUCAACAGCUGGGCCCAGACGCAGACUGGAGAUCAGGUCCAAGACAUGGUCUUCUCUGUGAAAGAUCAAACCCAGCUGCUCCUGGUCACUGCUGUCUACUAUCAAAGUCAGUUUACACUUGCCUUCAAUGCUAGCUUCACCCAAGAAGAGCGUUUCUAUGUGGACAAAUUCCACAUCGUCCAGGUCCCCAUGAUGUUCCGAUCCGAUAAGUAUCAUCUGGCAUACGACAGCUCACUCAAAACAGGCAUUCUCAAGCUGCCCAUGUCCGACGGUGCUGCCAUGCUGGUCAUCCUCCCUGAUGAAAAUGUAGACAUCGCCACCAUCGAAGAAGAGAUCACUGCUGAGCGCCUCCAGGGCUGGCUCCGACAACUGAAGAAGACGAAGUUGGAGGUCCAGCUGCCCCGUUUUUUGUUAGAGCGCUCCUACUCUCUCCAGGACGUCCUGACUGGUUUGGACAUCAGAGAGGUGUUCCAGGAUGACGCUGACCUGUCUCCCAUCACAGGAACCAAAGGACUGAAACUCACAGAGGUUCUACACAAGGCAGUCAUCAACGUGGACGAGAGCAGCAGCACCGGUGAAGGAGGAAGAGGAGGAAUCAACGUUUUUGCCAGUCUUCCUCCUCGGCUCACCAUUAACCGACCCUUCAUCUUCUUCAUUUAUCACCAGAAGACAAACAGCCUACUCUUUGUGGGCAGAGUGGUGGACCCCACCCAAAAGUAAAAUCAGAGACUGUGUGUGUGUGUGUGUGUGUGUGUGUGUGUGUGUGUGUGUGUGUGUGUGUGUGUGUGUGUGUGUGUGUGCGUGCGUGCGUGCGUGCGUGUGUGUGUGUGACUAGCUGGGGGUCGGGUCAUUAAAACGUUAAAAAGCUCUGUAUUUAAAGCAAGUUUUAUUGAGUAGGAUCUUGACAACACCAGACACAAUGUCAGUGGUGGGAUUGAGAGUUUACUGAACCAGUCAAGUGAUGCAUAAUCAUAAAAACACAAACUGCUUCUUUCAGACAGUUACUGAAAAUGUAAAACCAAGACGUCUGCAAAGCAUGUAACACCACAGAUAAUAAAAUGCUGU